AUGUGGGUUGAGUGUAUACUCCCAAUCUGUGAAGGUGUACAUUCAUUGGAACAAGCUUUCGGAGCAUCAGAUCAAAAAGGAUUUGAGGAAGUUUUCUACUCAGCCAUCAAGAAAGCCGCAAUUUCAUUCUGCUACCCUAAAGUAGCUACUGCUGAGGAUGAAGCAGCAUCACUCAGAACUCAAACCACCAACGAGACAUCCAGUGAAGCGGAGUUGGUGCAGUAUAAUCUCUUACUUUCGACUCUUUUCGCCGAGUUUGAGGCAUUUCUUGGAAAUAUUAGUAACCCCACUGGAGAACCCAUGGAUACAGACGAUACAUGUGAUUCUCUUGAUCGCUUAUCUCAAAAGCUAGCCCCACUAUACCCAGUUUGUAAGUCAAGAUGUGGCCGAAUAUUCGAGGAAAAUGAGCCAACAUUCCGUUGCAAGGACUGUUCUACGGAUCCUUCUUGCGCCUUCUGUCGACCAUGCUUUUUCGCUAGUGUCCACAAGAACCAUCGUUAUCAGGUUAGGUCUAUUUCUCUAAAUGAAUUCCCAUCGAUUCCUUUUAUGACGCUCAUUGACUAG